AUGGCGAACUUGGCUAAGUUGGAAUUUGCCGCAUUGGACAUAUCUAGCAAUAAUUACCUUCUAUGGGCUCUCGAUGCCAAGCUCCACUUAGAAGCACAUGGCCUUGGAGACACCAUCAGGGAUGAAAACAAUUCAUCUCCUGAACAGAAUGCAAAAGCCAUGAUAUUUCUCCGCAGACAUAUCCAUGAAGGAUUAAAAAGCGAAUACCUAGUGAUUGAAAAUCCACUAGAGUUAUGGAAGGCCUUGGAGGAAAGGUAUAAUCACCAGAAAACAGUGAUCCUACCAAGAGCUCGCUAUGAAUGGACACACCUGCGAUUUCAGGAUUACAAAACAGUGUCUGAAUAUAAUUCUGCCAUGCACAGAAUUACUUCUACAAUGAAAUUGUGUGGAGAAAAUAUCACUGAUGUUGAAAUGCUUGAAAAGACAUUCACCACAUUUCAUGCCACAAAUUUGCUCCUGCAACAGCAAUAUAGAGAACGUGGCUUUACAAAGUACUCACAGUUGGUGUCAUGCCUUCUGUUAGCGGAACAAAACAAUGAACUUCUGUUGAAAAAUCAUCAAUCUCGACCAACAGGUUCUGCACCAUUCCCAGAAGUGAAUGUUGUCUCCAAAGGAAUAAAUACCACCUUUUCACGUGGAAAUACGUACAAACGUAGACCAAGAGGUGGACGAGGCAGAGGAAGAAGGAAUGAUAAUCAUUCUGUUGGCCUGAGUGCGAGGAAUGAUUCAGUCCCUAAAAAUGCAUCCCAACAUAAAGGGAAAUUUUAUAUGAGGAACAACUCCACACCUAAAACUAUUGAGGGAAUUUGCCAUAGGUGUGGUAGUAAUGGACAUUGGGCUCGUAUAUGUCGUACACCCCAACACCUUGUGGAACUUUAUAAGUCCUCACAAAAGGAAAGGCAAACUGAAGUAAACUUUGUUGAUCAUUUUGAUUCAAAGAACAAUCCAGAAGGGAUUUUUGGGAUACAAAGCCAGCUAGAAACGACACACCUGGACAUUUCCGAUUUCCAUGCUUAA